AUGAAAGCAGUGGGCAUUGUUUUCCUAUUUAACGUUUGGGUGUUGACAUUGGCUGAGUAUCUCAAUCUCCAAAUGGUAGGUUCUUGGGACCGGACACCAUUCAAGCUAAAUGUCCUCGAGACUUUCAGCGCAUAUAACGAGAGUCUGUAUCUUCCCUUGGCUCUCAAGCUUAUUGGCAUCAUACACAACGAAGAAGAAAUUGAAUUAGAGGACACAACCUUAUCGGAUGAGGACUAUUUCAAGUACGCCUGCUCCUUGGUGAAUACCGACGAGCUGGGAUUUAUCGAGACAGAUCUGGCUCUAAGGACGUAUUCACCUCGAAUUGUGGCUCAUUACCAGGAGGAUUACUCCUCAGAAUGCGAUGACGCGUGGCUCAAGCAGGAAAAUAACGUGUAUUGCAAGCCUGACGACGUCUUUGCACUGAAGACUGCAUCUGAGGGUCAUGUGGAGCCAUUGAGGGCCUUUGAUCGAGUCAUUGGCAACAAUGAAAAUGUUCUCAUACUUUACGGUGACUAUGAGUCUGAGAAGUUCCGCAGAUUCUUUGCCAAUCUGUACGAAUCUUCAGUUUCUGGCAAACUUGGGUUCGCUUGGAGAUACACCCCAAGAGAGGAAAAAGAGAAAGAGGUUCUGGCAGGUUAUGGUGUUGAUUUGACACUCAAAAGAACGGACUACAUUGCUAUCGAUGAUAGAGGAUUCACCGAGGAACAGCAGGCGAAGCUGAAGUUCGAGACAAAUCAAGAGGCCCUGGACCCUGUCGACGAUUUUGUUGAUCGACACAUGAAAGAUAUUCCGCAAGUGUCUCAAAAUCAGAUGAAAGGGCUUGUUGGAAAAUUAGUCAACUACGUCACCGAGAAAGGUUCUGAUCUGGGGCUGUUCAGGAAGAUCAUGAUUGAUUUUCCAAAAUACGCUUCUUAUAUAUCUCUCCAGAAUGAGCCUGAAGAAAGAUCUAUGGAAUCUCCAAAUGUCCCAACAGGGAUUUAUAUCAAUGGAGUUCCCGCGACUGAAAAGUUCAUCAGCGUUUUUGAGAUACUGAAGAAGCUUAAGCAGGAGAAACUGAUUGUUGAUAAUCUAUCCUCAGUGGGUGUGGAUAAAAAUGAAGCCAAGAGUUUGUUGUACAGGUUUGCAAACGAAUCGAUAGUCGCUGCAGCCCAUUUGCCCCGGUAUCAAACAAUGGAUCACCCGGGUAUCAUAUUUUUCAACGAUCUUGAAAACGAUCCGGAAUAUGCAGAUCUCCAGAGUCCAAGACUAGCAUACAAGUCAGAAUGGAGUGGAAAAAAAAUCCCUCCUGCAAGAGAAAACAUCCAUGAUCUAGUGCUUGCCAUUAAUCCUACGGAUCCAUUGCAACUUCAGUAUUCCCUAAUGAUGAUCAAUGCUAUUUUGAGGAACUCGAUAUCUCAGAGAGUGGGCAUUGUGCCGCUAGUGAGAACUGAAGAGGACCAGAUAGUCACCGAACAGCUCGUCAAAAUCUACAAGGCCUCAGGACCGACAGAAGCCAUGAGGUACUUGAUGUUGGUGCACGAAGUGAUCAACUCUCCAGGCGUUGGCCUCGACACACUCAAGCAAGUGGACGUUUCCGACAGAGACGAGCUGCUUCGAGACUUGGAAUCUUUCAAGGAUCAGUUUGCGUUGGGAUCCCAACCGCAUGUCAUCGUCAACGGCAUAUUUAUAGAGUUCAGCCAAAAUUGGCAGUACGCUAUGAGCGAGCAAAUUACGGCUGAUAUUCUUUUCCUCAACUCCGAACUAAGACAGAAGAAAAUACCAAGGAAGACUACUUUGAAAGACUACCUCCGACAAGGGGCCCUGGCUAGGCGUGAUCCUUAUUUGAUUCCAGAGACAUUAGACAGACUGCGCUCCUCCUACGUUCCUGCACCAACAUAUGAGACGUACAAAUUACUGAAACAUUUUGGAGGAGAUGAUAAAAUAGUACUCAAUGUUGUGGGAAAGCUUUCAUCAAGGAAAUUCAGAACUCAAGUUGCCGAGGCCUUAAAGAGUGGAAUCAGUCUACGUAUCGUUGAUAUGUCAAAUUCACCAGAAACUGAAACCCUUAAUCAAAUAUUGGACGAUGUGGAGAGCGCUCUCCUGUUUUUGGACGGAGAGUUUACAUCUCUGCCAAUUGACGACUCAAUAUUGUCAACAGUCUCUAAAUGUUUUGGUAUAGAUGAUUUCGCCGAUGAUGACGAAGUUUAUCUGAUCUUAAAUGGACGUCUAGUUGACUUGCAGAAUAGAAAAAUAGUCAGUGCAAAUGACCUUCAGAUUUUGCUAAGCAGAGAAAAGAGCGUGCGAUUGGAUCUACUUGAUCAGGACACUCAUGAUUUUGAGUACAAGUCUUGGGUUGUCACGUCCUCCUUUUACAAUGACGACGGUGACUUCAUAAUAUCUGGACUGCUUCCAAGAUACGAUUUUUCCAAAUCGGGCUCUCUCGUUGAGCAGGGCACUGGAUACAUUGAUGCAGACUUGGUUAUUAAUCCACUUAACGAGCAAGCGCAGUCCAUUCUAGAGCUCAGCAAAGUGUUCGAAAGAUUCGACUUCGUUCGCUUGAGAGUAUGGAUCAAGCCUUCAGAGAAAGAUGAGCUUGGAAUCAAGCGUCUUUAUCGUGGUGUUUUCCCAACCUCUGUCAAGUUCUACGAGAACGGUACUGAAAAGCGCGAUUAUUCUGCUCUUUUCAAUGACGUUCCCGAAAAGACACUGUUCACAGCAGAUGUGGAUGUAAUUCCUUCCUGGAUCGUCUCAAUCAAGGAGGCAAACACUGACCUGGAUAACAUUAAACUGGAUAUUUCCGGGUCGAUCGAUGGAGUCUACGAGCUGAAGUCGAUCUUGGUACAGGGCCAUGCUCGUGAAGGCGUCGAUACCAUUGCUCCUCUUGGACUGGGACUGCAACUGCUGGACGCACAUGGCGUUUCCGUUUCAGACACAAAUGUGAUGGCCAACUUAGGCUACUUCCAACUGAAGGCCAACCCUGGUUUGUGGACACUGAGCACCAAAGAAAUCAUACCCGGUGUGGAGUUCGAGAUCGAGGCAGUUGACACCGAGUUCAAAACCAAGAUAACGCCUCGCCGCGCAGAGAAAGUUGCAAUACUAGACCUGACAGGUGCUAUGCUUUACCCCAUAGUUUCGAGGAAAAAGGCGUCCAAUAGUCUGUUUUCGGGGCUUUCAAAAUCUUUCGGCUCUCUUUUCAAACCCAAGCAAGCCGAAAUCAACAUUUUCACAGUCGCCAGCGGACAUCUCUACGAGCGCUUUUUAGGGAUUAUGACAGCCUCUGUGAUGGCACACACAAAACACACUGUUAAGUUUUGGCUUAUUGAAAAUUACAUGUCUCCAAAGCUUAAAAAACACCUACCCCAACUAGCCAAGCAUUACGGAUUUGAUUACGAGCUAGUCACCUAUAAGUGGCCAACGUGGCUUCGUGGUCAAAGAGAAAAACAACGCACAAUUUGGGGAUACAAGAUCUUGUUUUUGGAUGUUUUAUUCCCACAGGACUUAGAAAAAGUCAUCUUUGUUGACUCGGACCAAAUUGUGAGAACAGACAUGAAGGAGCUUGUGGAUUUGGAUCUAGAGGGCGCUGUUUAUGGCUUCACUCCAAUGUGCGACUCGCGUAAAGAGAUGGAAGGCUUCAGGUUCUGGAAACAGGGUUACUGGAAGACCUUGCUAGGAGAUAAUUUGAAAUACCAUAUCAGUGCUCUGUAUGUGGUCGAUCUCAAAAGGUUUCGUCAAAUUGCGGCUGGAGACAGAUUGAGACAGCACUACCAAUCUCUUUCUGCUGACCCCAACUCCCUGAGCAAUCUAGAUCAGGACCUUCCUAACAAUUUGCAACACACCAUCCCUAUCCAUUCACUUCCUCAAGAGUGGCUGUGGUGCGAGACGUGGUGUGACGAUGAGAGCUUGAAGAAGGCAAAGACAAUCGAUCUUUGCAAUAACCCGUUAACCAAAGAACCGAAGCUUGACAGGGCCAGAAGACAGAUUCCAGAAUGGACCAAGUACGACCAGGAAAUAGAGACCAUCAUCAGAGCAGAUCCGGUGACUCACGAUGAACUAUAG